CCACCUGCGUCGCAGGUGUCACCGACCUACAGGUAUAAAUAUCUGAACGCUCGAUGGAAGCGCUACUUAAAAGCUCCUUCAUAGCUUUCACUGGGCUUCCAAAUUCCAUCAAGCAGAGGAUGCCGUAGCUUGGGGCGGACGACGAGAGCCAACCAUGGGCGAUGCGGCCUUUCUCGUCGCCUCCUCCCUUUUCCUCCAUCCCCAAAAUCCCUCCUCCCCUCCCCGCCGCUCCAAUAUCCGCCGCCCUCGCCCUCCCGGCAAACCCCUCCUCGCCCGCCCACCCCUCCUCUCCGACGUCCGCCGCGACCUCACCGCCCCCUCCAACCGCGGUUCCGCCUCCAGCUCCGCCGCCGUCACCCGCCGCCUCCUCAAGUACUACGCCCGCCUCGCCUGCAAGCUCGCUCAGAGUGGCCGGCUCCGGGACUUCUUGAUGGUCGCCGAGAGCGUCCUCACCUCCGACGCCGUCGCCGCCGAUGCCCCCCAGUUCGUGGCCCGCAUCAGCGCCAGGAUGGUCUCGGAAGGGAUCACGUCGGUUCUUGGAGGUGGGAAUCUUGAGGAGGUUCUUGAUUUCGUGAGAGAGGCGGAGAGGUUGGGGAUUUCGGCGGCGUCUCUGUUCGAUGAGUCGGCAAUGGACAGUCUAACAGUGGAGUGCCGCCGUCUCGUGAACCAAGAAAGAUUGGAGGAGUUCGUGGGGUUGAUGGAAACCCUUGCAGGAUAUCGGUUCUAUAUCAAGGAUAUUGCAGAUCCAGUUAACAUACUGAAAAAAAUUGCUGAUCCAGAUAUGGCUGUGAGGUAUGCAAGAGUUUUCCCACACUCCCAACUCCUAUUGUGCUCUACCAUAGAGGAAUUUGGAAAGAAAUAUGAUGUUACAUCUGCUAUAAGAGUUUUUGAAGCUUUGAAACAAAAGUCAGGUGGCAUCAACAUGUUUGCAUGUCGAAGUAUAAUUGACAUAUGUGGUAUUUGUGGUGACUUCUUAAAAUCUAGGAGUAUUUUUGAGGAUUUGCUUUCUCAGAAGAUCACUCCAAAUGUAUAUGUUUUUAACAGCCUCAUGAAUGUGAAUGCCCAUGAUUUGAGCUACACCUUGCAUGUUUACAAGCAUAUGCAAAAUCUGGGCGUUACUGCAGAUCUGACAUCUUAUAACAUACUCUUAAAGGCAUGUUGUAUUGCUAAAAGGGUAAAUCUGGCCCAGGAAAUUUUUGAGGAAAUGAAGUACAUGGCAUCCAGAGGAGUCCUGACAUUGGAUGUUUUCACAUAUAGUACAAUGAUAAAGGUAUUCGCUUAUGCAAAAAUGUGGCAAAUGGCUUUGAACAUAAAAGAACACAUGCUUUUAUCUGAUAUCAGGCCCAAUAUAGUUACUUGGUCAUGCUUACUCAGUGCUUGUGCCAGUGCUGGUUUAGUGGAUCAUGCCAUGCAGGUGUUUGAAGAGAUGCUUAUGACUGGUUGUGAACCUAAUACUCAAUGUUGCAAUAUUCUUCUUUAUGCUUGUGUUGAAUCAUGUCAAUAUGACAGAGCUUUCCGAUUAUUCUAUACCUGGAAAGAAACUGGAUUCGAGAUCUUGCACACUGCCAAGGGUGGAAGAUAUGGUGGUGCAUGUGGCAGCUCAAACGUAAAUCAUCCAGCUGAAAAUGAUUCAUGUGAGGCACAACAUUUGACUGUCAUUACAGUGGUUCCCUUCAGACCGACAGUUGCUACUUUUAAUAUAUUGAUGAAAGCUUGUGGUACUGAUUACCACCGUGCAAAAGCUCUGAUGGAUGAGAUGAGAACAAUGCGCCUUAGUCCUAACCACAUUAGUUGGUCUGUUCUAAUUGAUAUUUAUGGGGCUGCUCGGAAUGUGAGAGGUGCCAUACAGGCAUUUAAAACCAUGCGAGAUGUUGGACUUAAGCUUGAUGUAGUUGCAUACACAACAGCCAUCAAGGCAUGUGUCAAUAACAAAAAUUUAAAGAUAGCAUUUUCGUUAUUUGAAGAGAUGAAAAGAUAUCAACUGAAACCCAAUUGGGUGACAUAUAAUACUCUGCUAAGAGCUCGUAGCAGGUAUGGAUCCUUACAUGAAGUCCAGCAAUGCCUAGCAAUAUAUCAAGACAUGCGGAAAGCAGGGUACAGUUCCAAUGAUUAUUAUCUUAAGGAGUUAAUUGAGGAGUGGUGUGAAGGAGUAUUAAACAAUAACAAUCAAAAUGAGAGUCCACUCAAUAUCAAAUAUUCUCGUGACAAAACUGACGGAAGCAAACCUUACAGUCUACUUCUUGAAAAAGUUGCAACACAUUUGCAAAAGGAUGUUGGUGACAACCAAGCUAUUGAUAUUCGAGGGCUUACAAAGGUUGAAGCUCGGAUUGUUGUUCUUUCGGUUCUGCGGAUGAUCAAAGAGAGCUAUUGGCUAGGAAAAAUUAUUCAAGAUGAUAUGAUCAUCAUAUCUGGGGUUGGGAAAUAUGGAACUGGCCCUGCCAAUCGGGAGUAUGAGGUGCAGCAAGCGGUUAUUCAUGUUCUACAGGAUGAAUUGGGCUUUGAUGUUGAGACUGGACAUGGGGCUGUAUAUAUGAAUCAUUCUCCUUGCUUUCCUGAUUCAAGCAACUCCCAUGUUUUCCAAACAAUUGAGGAGCCUAAGUAUCAUAAAUAUUUGGCCAGGAGACCACAAGAUUUGGGAGUAUUAAAGGUCACAAAGCGAUCACUUCAUAGUUGGUUACAGAAAAGGGGGAGUUCCGCAGUAGUUCACUGAUUUUAUUUUUUAUUUUUUUGGCUGUUGUACAUUUCUGUCAAGAGCAGCUUAGUUCUUCCUCAGUUCAUUAAAAUCCAUGAAGUAUCAACAAAAUGCUUGUAGUAUCAACUCGAAAUCUUGAAGGCCCACGGUGCUUUUCAAAGCAGAGUAACAGGACUGCUUUCCAAGUUGUACUUUGGUCUUAUUAAUUUUAGCAGCAGAAUCCAGCCUGAGUUAUUAAGGACCU